AUGUCAUAUAACGGCAUUGGUCUUCCCACCCCUAGAGGUACGGGUACAAGUGGUUAUAUUCAAAAAAAUGCGUCAUCUAUUAGUGCCAGCCGCCAAUAUCGCAGCUAUGAACGUCGCCAGGAGUUAGCACGCGAAGAAGAGAAGCGCAAAAAAGCUUUCGACGCACGAAACUUUUCUAACAGAAAAAUUGAUGACGGCAUCAUUGAACACGAGAGAAAGCGAAAAAUUGAAGCUCAAUGUGUAGAGUUACAAGUUUACUUAGAAAAUGAACGUGAAGAGGCCCAAGCAGCAGGUAAGCCUAAGAAAGAUUUAAUGACAGACGACGAGAUUGAGGAGAAGGUUGCAGCCCUACGCACAAAGCUUAAACAACGAGAGGAAGAAGGAAACAAAAGAGAAGCUCGUUUUCAAAGGCAGCACGGUUCAUUUAAGAAUGAAGAUUUAGAAGAUGGCGAAAGAAGGAAAUAUAAGACACAUGACAUUCACAAUUUAGUUUCAGCUAAAGCGCGUGAAAACGAAAGAAUAAGAGAUGCGUUUGAUUCCGAAAAGAGAGAGCGCCACCGGCGCCACCAUCGUGAACGAAGUUUGAGUCCUGUUCGAAAUGAAGAUGUUGAAGAUAAAAGGAGCUAUCAACGGAGCCGCGGUUCACCCCGAAGUGUACAGUAUAACGACUACCGGGACAAAAAUGAAGGAAGUAGCUACCGACCUCGAAAGCCUGAUAGAUCCCGUGAUUACAUGCCAAAGGCUUUAGAUUACGAUGGAGAUACUAAAGGAAGAAAACGACACUCAGAUAGUCGAAGUUCUUCUCCUCCUCCGCGGUCUUCGUCUCGACGCGAGCGCAGCCGAAGCCCAGACCGCAGGUAUGAUUCUAGAGGAAGUCGGUAUGAUUCCAGAGAAAGUCGUUAUGAUUCCAGAGGAAAUCGGUAUGACUCUAGAGGAAGUCGGUUUGAUUCUAGAGAAAGUCGUUAUGAUUCUAGAGAAAGCCGAUUUGACUCUAGAGAAGACCGCGGCUCUCAUUUUCAUCCUUCUGCAGAGCCUUCUCAUCCUCCAGCUUUGAAAAAGUAUUCUCUUCCUGGAAGUUUGCCUCCACCACCACUUCCUAAAAAACAACCUCCACCGCCUCCAUCACCAUCACAGUCUACAGAAAAGAAGACUUCUGUUCCACCAAAACUACCACCUAAACCACAAGAGAAAUCUUCCUCUGAGAACAAGAAGGAUCUGAAAGAGAUUGAACAGCAGGAGGAGAAAGCUUCUGAACAAAAUGAAAAAAAUGAAUUUGAUUUAGAAUCUUCUGAGAAGGAAAAAGAAAUUUCUAAAACAGGAGCCGACACUCCCAUUGUUAAAACAGCAUUGGAACCUGUUGAAGAAUUUGCACAGGAACCUAAGCCUGUGACUAAGCCUAAAAAGGCAUCUCUUUCAGAACCAAUUUCAGAAAUUGCUUCAGAACAACCAGCUUCCAAGCUUCAAACGGAAACUUUGGAAUCUGUUGAACCUGUUAAACCUGUCGAACCUGUCGAACCUGUCGAACCUGUCAAACUUGUCAAACCUGUCGAACCUGUCGAACCUGUCGAACCUGUCGAACCUGUCGAACCUGUCGAACCUGUCGAACCUGUCGAACCUGUCGAACCUGUCGAACCUGUCGAACCUGUCGAACCUGUCGAACCUGUCGAACCUGUCGAACCUGUCGAACCUGUUGAACCUGUUGAACCUGUCGAACCUGUCGAACCUGUUGAACCUGUUGAACCUGUUGAACCUGUCGAACCUGUUGAACCUGUCGAACUUGUUGAACUUGUCGAACCUGUUAUAGAGCCUGUUAAUGAAUCUGUGGAACCUUCCGUCACCCCUAAAAAACGAGGCCGUCCUUCUUCUAAAACAACAAAAGCCAAACCUGCCAAGUCUGCCAAAUCUACCAAACCCGCACCUAACCCCGAAGACAGCGAAGUAAUCAUUAAGGUGGUAGACGAAAAAAAUCAGCCUGAGCCCCAACCCGAACCUGUGCCUGAAACUGAAGUUGAAAAGCCAAAGCCUAAGCGUGGCAGACCUCGAUCAGCAAAAUCAGCUUCGGCACCUGGGACCGAACCUGGACCAGAACCUCCCAAGAAGCGCGCCACUCGUGGCCGAAAGCCAAAAUCAUCAUAA